AAAUACAACACUGUCCAUAUUUUAACUUCCAGAAGAAUUGUUCUUCUUCUUUUCUCUAUUCUUCGAUCGAAAUUUCUUCGAUUUCCUCUCAUUCCUUAUCAAUCGUGAGUAAUCCGAAACUCAUCACAAUAAGAUGAAGAGAGCAUUUGGAAUUUCAAACAUGGUUAAAUCGGAACUGAUUCAACAACAACAAAAAUGGUAUGUAAAACCUAAAACAACACAGAAAAACCUAACUCGUAGAUUUAUCGGAGAACCCUUUAUUCAGUCUCGUUCUUUUUGUUCAAAAAAUGAUUUUCCUAGACCUAGAGAGAUUACCAAAUUGUUUACUGUGAAAGAUCCUUCUGCUAGUUAUAGAUUUGAUGAAGAACCCAAUUUCAUUUUCGAUGUAUCUAAGUUAAGAGAUAAAUUACUUGAAAAUGCUUCUAAUUUGGUGAAGAUUGAAGGAAUUUUGGAUUCUAGUUAUUUGUUUCCAAGACAUGGGAGUUCGGCUUUUAUUGAGUUGCUUAAUCAGCUUAUGUCACGGCCUCAAUUAGCUCUGCAGGUGUUUAGUUGGAGAUUUCAAAAAAAUCAUGAAGGUUGGGCUAUGGAAACGGAGGAAUAUGCCAAAGGGAUUGUGAUUUCUGGUAGAGUUAAGGAUGUUGACCUUGCUGUUGAGUUGUUUAUGGAAGCUGCUAGUAUGGGGAGGAGGACGACUUCAACGUAUAAUGCUUUAAUGUCAGCGUAUUUGUACAAUGGUUUGGAUUGGAAAUGUCGGAAGUUGUUUAUUGAAAUGAAGAAAGAAGUUGUUCCUACUAUUGUUACUUAUAACAUUUUGACUUCACUCUAUGGUCGAUUGUGUUUGGUACCUUACAUGGAGAGGAUAUUUUUGGAGAUAAAGGAGGCGAACCUCUCUCCUAAUAUAACUACUUAUAACAAUCUUAUUUCUGGGUAUGUUACUGCUUGGCAAUUUGAUAAAAUGGAGUGGAUGUAUGCAUUCAUGGAACAAGGACCUGUCAAACCUGAUAUUAAAACCCAUUUGUACAUGCUUCGAGGUUAUGCGCAUUGGAAGAAAGUGGAUAAGAUGGAGAGUAUUUAUGAAUUGGUUAAGGAUCAUGUAAAUGAGAAAGAUGUGGUACUAGUAAGAACCAUGAUUGCUGCAUACUGUGAUUCUUCUGACCCUGAUAGGGUUAGGAAGAUUGAAGCAUUGAUGAAGAUUAUUCCGGAAGAGGAUUAUAGGGCUUGGUUACAUGUGAAGCUAAUUAACGUUUAUGCCCAAGAGAACUUGAUAGAACGCAUGCAGAGUUACAUCAAUGAUGCUUUUAAUCGUAACACUAGGGUUGUAACAAAGAAUGUGAUGUUAUCAAUCAUAGCAACUUUUUUCCGUUGCAAUGCUGUGGAAGAGCUGGCAAAAUUUGUGAAGCAGGCUGAGUCUGCUAGAUGGAGGAUCUGCCGAUCCUUGUAUCAUUGUAAGAUGGUCAUGUAUUCAUCACAAAAUCGGCUGGAGGAAAUGGGAAAAGUUCUUGAAGAGAUGGAACAAUCUAAUAUUGACCCAUCAAAGAAAACAUUCUUGAUUAUGUACAGGGCCUACACGGAUUAUGGUUACAGAACCAAAGUAGAGCAGGUAGUUGGAGCAAUGUUCAAGCAUGGAUUUGAAAUUCCCGGGGAUGCUUUCUCAUCCUAAAGCGCCCUAGAUUAUUGUACUGCGCCAUCUUUUUCAUGCCGAGGCUAUGUCCAUUCGCUUCAGCUAAUCAUUGGAUAUGAUAUUUCACACUAGGGUAGAGAACUUCAGAGCUAGAAACAAAGCACAAGUAAGGGUUUUUUUCUCGUGUUGUUAAGGGCAGUUUAAGAUUCGUUUUCUUCCAAUAUUACUUCCUUUGCCAAAUUGGACACUUAAGUGCUGUUUAAAGAUUCCAAAACUUUUAAGGACUCAUGUUGUCUCGAAGCAGGAUGCCUAGUUUAGGGGCCUGGAAGUGAUUUCAGCUGAAAUGCAUUCCUCGUUAGUGCGUGGCCUCGUGUAGGUCAGUUUUAUUGCUUAUGUCGUAAUUCUGGCCUUAAUUUCCAUUUUCAGCGGCAUUUACGCUUUCAUCCUCAGAUUAUUUCAGUUUAAAGAAAAAGUCUACUUACU